GUGAAAGAAGGUAGCCCGGCCGAUUGAGAGAUACAUUUGAGUCCAUAUAUUUACACGCGGAGUCCUCUCGCGGCAGGACGAAGGUGGAGCACUACAUUUCCCAAAGCGCUUUGUAACGUGGCUUUGCUCGCCUGCGCACUGGGGCACCUUACUGUCUGGCCGGCCUGCAGGGAGCGUAGAUCCUCAAGUUUGGCUUUUGUGAACCGAUCAGGGUUUCAGAGCGCCCCACCCCAUUGCCAGCACUGGCCAUGAUCGUCUGUUUCUUCGUCUUCACAAAAAGCUGGAAGCCGCUAGCAACAAGGGCGGGACUUAACAACUCUGACAGACUCAGUCCUUCAACUGAACAGACGAGUACAACCCAUUCCUGGCUGCUCUCUCCACUCAACAAGAAGAACAGGGGUCCCCAACCCUGGUCCACUGACCAGCACUGGUCCAUGGCCCACCAGGAACCGGUCCGUGCAAUGUUUGUCAGGUUCAACUCCAGCCAUGGUUUCCCAAUGGAGGUUGAUUCAGAUACCAGCAUCUUCCAGCUGAAGGAGGCGGUUGCUAAGCGACAGGGAGUUCCAGCUGACCAGUUACGUGUGAUUUUUGCAGGCAAGGAGCUCAGGAAUGACUUGACACUGAAGAACUGUGAUCUACCCCAGCAAAGUAUUGUUCAUAUUAUUCAGAAUCGGCAGAAGAGUGAGAAUGAAAACCCUAGGAUCCACCUCUCAAGCAAUGGAAGAGAACCCACAAGUCUCACUCGUGUGGAUCUUAGUACGAACCUUUUGCCUUCUGACUCAUUGGGACUCGCUGUGAUUUUGGACAACAGAAUUCCUAUUCCAUCGGAAGCUGCUAAGUACAGCAGUUUUUAUGUUUUCUGCAAAAGCUUCUGCCAAGCUGUGAAACCUGGAAAACUCCGGGUUCGUUGCAAAACGUGCAAACAAGGGACACUGACUUUGGCACGGGAUCCAUCUUGCUGGGAAGAUGUUUUGAUUCCAAACAGGAUCAGUGGUAUUUGUCAUUACCAAAACUGCAGUGGAGAAAUAGCGGAAUUCUACUUUAAAUGUGGAGCACACCCAACCUCUGACAGUGAGACAUCUGUGCCGCUGAACCUCAUUACAACAAAUACUCGGUACAUCUCAUGUAUAACCUGUACAGAUGUUAGGAGUCCUGUGUUAGUCUUCCCAUGCAUUCAUCACCAUGUCAUUUGCCUGGAUUGUUUUCACCUCUACUGUGUGACUAUGUUGAACAAUCGCCAGUUUGUCCACGAUCCUAUCUUUGGGUAUUCAUUGCCAUGUGUGGCGGGCUGUCCAGAUUCCUUGAUUAAAGAGCUGCAUCAUUUCAGAAUUCUUGGAGAGGAGCAGUACAAUCGUUAUCAAUGCUAUGGCGCAGAAGAAUACGUUCUGCAGGCGGGUGGUGUUUUGUGUCCCACUCCAGGAUGCGGAGCUGGCCUGCUUCCUGAAUCAGAAAUGAGGAAAAUAGUAUGUGAGCCAAGAAACGGACUGGGUUGUGGGUUUGUGUUCUGCCGUGAAUGUAAAGAAGAAUACCAUGAAGGAGAAUGCCAUAGCUUCUUCAAAAGUCCAGGAGCCACAGCUCAAAUGGGAUUUGAAAUUGAUGAGCAUGCCGCCAUGAAAGCUCGUUGGGAAGAUGCAUCCAAAGAAACAAUAAAAAGAACAACAAAGCCAUGCCCUAAAUGCCACGUUCCAGUAGAAAAGGACGGUGGAUGUAUGCAUAUGAAAUGUCCUCAGUCUCAAUGUAAAUUUGAAUGGUGUUGGAAAUGUAGCCUUGAAUGGAACAGAACGUGCAUGGGAGAUCAUUGGUUUGACUGAUCCUUAAGUCAUCCUAGAAGCAACCAAUUGCUUCACAGUUCACAGUGAACUUCACAGUUACUUCCCACAAUAUCAGAUUCCAAAGAUCUUGUUCAAGCUUUGAAUUUCUCACAAGUAUUAAUUGUGGGAUUAAUUAGGACAUUUGGCUUUUGUGUAUGUGUUUUUCAUAAGCACCACUCAUCAGUAUGUAUCUUCAGAUGGUCACAUCUAAGUCCAACAUAGCAAUAAAAAAAAAUAAUCAGAAGGACCAAGCUAUCAUUUGUUAGAUAUAUUCUGCUUAUAUCAAGACAACUCUGUAAUGGUGCUUCCUCCAUUAAAAAUUAGGUCAUGUCUUUGGCCAUUUUCUGUUUUUAAUUGAUUUUAUAUUUGAUUUGAAAAUGUGUUACCUAUUAUUGGCAAAAUAAAGAACUAUACAAAACUGGGCCUCUCAAAUUGUUCAAACUAUUAUGGUUUAUAUUUAUUAGCAAUUCAGUUUGUGACUUUGUGUUUGAAGGUUCAGAAAUAUUAAUUUUUAAAUUAUGUAGGUAUAAUCACAAGUGCAGUUUCAGAUAAACAAUAUAUAACACAACUUGCCUUCUAAAACCAAAACUUUUAUAGUACAAUUUUUUAUAAUGACACAAUUUUUACUUGAUUGAUUUCCAGGCCUAAGUCACAACUAAAAAUAUAGAACUUUGCAGGGGUGGGGUUCAAAUAUUUUAGCAACUGGUUCUCUGCCCGGUUGCUGGGUAAGUGUGGCCAUGGUGGGCAUGGCCUACUUGACCUCCUGCAUCAUGGUGGGGGGCGUUUUUGCCUUCCCCAAGCUCCGGAGGCUUUCCUUGAGCCUCUGAGAGAGCAAAACGGUCUCCCCCGGCCCUCAGGAGGCCAGAAACGAGUUCGUUUUUGAACUUCUGGGAGGCCCAUUUUUCACACUCCCCAGGCUCCAGAGGCCCUCCAGAGAUUAGAAAUGAGCCCGUUUCCAGAUUUCUGGAACUUCCGGGAGGCCCAUUUUUCACCCUCCCAGAGCCUCAGCGUGAGCCCUGCACUUACCUGGCA